UCUGGAAAUUCUUUCUUUUCAUUGUGGAUGAUUUUUUAACCAUGCUUUCAGCUUAAAUAUUUCUCUGAAAAAUCUAGGUUUUCAUUUCUGAUGGUUUUGAAAGGAAACACAACUACUGUAUUUUAGAUGGAAAGGGAAGGACCCGGCUGAUUUUGAGUCAGAAAUACUGUAAAAGUUUUGUUCAAGUUCAACCUCUUCUCAAAGUCAACCUCAUCUUUACAAUUACAAGCAAGCUACCAGUCAAGGUUGCUAUAUCUUCGCACUCUGUACAAAGCAAUGGCCACGUCCUCCUUUUAUAUACUGCUACUGGCCUCACACACAGAAUCAUAGAUUUCGCGGCAAGGACUACGCAGAAGACAGCAACACAAGCAGAUUGCCCCAAGCAACAACCUUGUUAGAUAAUCACAAGAGAGUAGCUUCGACGUAGAAGAAACCUUAAGGUUGUUUGUUCCUUUAAAUCCAAUGGCCGCGCUGAUGAGUUCCUCUGUUACUUCCGGAGGCUUGGCACCUCACACCUCUAAGGUUUCUCCUCGCCGCCUCGGGAAUCCAGCGAUCUCCUCCUCCUCGUGCCAUCGCCGCCGAGGCCUUAUCGCCUUGACGAUGAAUUCUUCAGGCAUGAACAGUGCCUUCCCAUUCAAAGGAACGACUACGCGAAUUGCAGCAGUGGGACCAGGCCCAGCAAAUCCGUCAGGAGGAAAUCUCCCAAUACCCAGCAUGCCAUCAUGGGCCAAGUGGGUGGUUGGUGCUGUCAUAGUUGCGAUACCGAUUUACAGAAGGUUCAGAACAUUGGAAGAUAAGAUAGAGAAGACGGCAGAGGUGGCGAUCGAGGUGGUCGACACGGUGGCGGAGGCGACGGAGAAGGUCGCCGGCGAGGUCGCGGGCGCGUUCCCCGGCAACGAAAACCUCAAGGAGGCGGCCUCGAGGAUUAAGACGGUCACGGAUGCGAUCGAGGAAGACGCCGAGAAAGCCGAGGCCCUGAUCCACAAGGUUGAUGAGAUAAAGAAAGAGGUAGACUCAAUAGUCGAUCCUUUAAUUGACAAGGUCGUCAAGGAGGAAGAGGCGGAGAGAAAUAAAUAAGUCGGCAUGAAAAUAAAGAAGCACACACACUUUUCCUUCUUGUUUACUUAUGCUUCUUUCGUUUCAAAAAAGAAGCAAGUAUAUAUACACUAGUUUGGCGGUAAGCAGGGAAACAUAUCAAGUGUAAAUAAAUUCUUUUCAUAUAAAUCAUACAAACUUUAAUCUGGACUA